GGAGAGACAGAGAGAAUGUCGUACCUGUUGCCGCACCUUCACUCUGGGUGGGCCGUUGAUCAGGCUAUUCUCGCCGAGGAAGAACGGGUCGUCGUUAUCCGCUUCGGCCAUGAUUGGGACGAGACUUGUAUGCAGGAUGACAAUUGACGAAGGAAGCUAUAAUCUGAAAUAAGGUAGACACAGAGCCUACCUUUGAUUCCUCUGAAAUAAGCUGUAACCUGAAAUAAGAUGGAUGAGGUACUAGCGUCAGUUGCCGAGACGAUUAAAAAUUUUGCAGUAAUUUACCUGGUGGAUAUCUCGGAGGUUCCUGAUUUCAACACAAUGUAUGAGCUCUAUGACCCAUGCACUGUGAUGUUCUUCUUCAGGAACAAGCACAUCAUGAUAGACCUUGGAACUGGGAACAACAACAAGAUUAAUUGGGCUCUCAAGGACAAGCAAGAGUUCAUUGAUAUUGUUGAGACAGUCUAUAGGGGUGCCAGAAAGGGACGUGGUCUGGUAAUAUCUCCUAAAGAUUACUCCACCAAGUAUCGCUAUUGAGUUAGGAUUCAAGUUAUUGAUUUGGAUUCUAGGGAACUACUAAAACAUUUGAGUGAUAAUAACCACUGUAAAAAUGAGCCUUUAUCUUGUGUUUCCAUUUCAGUAGCUGCUGAGUUGGUGAUUGUGAUUUGAAUUACUUAGAACAUUCUUCACUACAAUAUUAUAUUAGCCCUGGCUAGUUUCCUUUCUA